CGUUUGAGACCAGGGACUGCCUCCGGGCGCGCCCCUGAGUCGACGCGGAGCGCCGGAGCCUCUGAAAUGCGGGACUUCUCUGCACACCUCCUGGAAUUCUGAAGGGGUGCAGCCAUGGCAGGCAACGCGGCCGACAGCGCCAACCACCUGCCCUACUUUUUCGGCAACAUCACCCGGGAAGAGGCUGAAGACUACCUGGUCCAGGGAGGCAUGAGUGACGGGCUCUACCUGCUGCGCCAGAGCCGCAACUACCUGGGUGGUUUCGCCUUGUCGGUGGCACACAACAGGAAGGCACACCACUACACCAUCGAGAGGGAGCUUAACGGCACCUAUGCCAUCUCCGGUGGCAGGACGCAUGCCAGCCCGGCAGACCUCUGCCUCUACCACUCCCAGGAAUCAGAUGGCCUCGUCUGCCUCCUCAAGAAGCCUUUCAACCGGCCCCCAGGGGUGCAGCCCAAGACCGGACCCUUCGAGGACCUGAAGGAGAACCUCAUCAGGGAAUAUGUGAAACAGACCUGGAACCUCCAGGGCCAGGCUCUGGAGCAGGCCAUCAUCAGCCAGAAGCCCCAGCUGGAGAAGCUCAUCGCCACCACUGCGCACGAGAAAAUGCCCUGGUUCCAUGGCAAAAUCUCCAGAGAGGAGUCCGAGCAGACGGUCCUCAUAGGAUCAAAGGUCAAUGGGAAAUUCCUGAUCAGGGCCAGAGACAACAGUGGCUCCUACGCGCUGUGCGUGCUGCACGAAGGGAAGGUGUUACACUAUCGCAUCGACAGAGACAAGACCGGGAAGCUCUCCAUCCCUGAGGGGAAGAAGUUUGACACCCUCUGGCAGUUAGUGGAGCAUUACUCCUACAAGCCUGACGGGCUGUUGAGAGUCCUCACGGUACCAUGUCAAAAGAUUGGCGCACAGUUGGGUACCCUGCCGAGCCCAAACACCGUGAGCUGGACACCAGGUGGAAUAAUCUCAAGAAUCAAAUCCUACUCCUUCCCAAAGCCUGGCCACAAAAAGCCUGCCCCACCCCAAGGGAGCCGUCCAGAGAGUGCUGUGUCCUUCAACCCCUAUGAGCCAACGGGCGGGCCCUGGGCCCCAGACAGAGGCCUUCAGCGAGAAGCCCUGCCCAUGGACACGGAGGUAUAUGAGAGCCCUUAUGCUGACCCGGAAGAGAUCCGGCCCAAAGAGGUCUACCUAGACAGAAGCCUGCUGACCCUGGAGGACAACGAACUGGGCUCGGGUAACUUCGGGACUGUGAAGAAGGGAUACUACCAAAUGAAAAAGGUUGUGAAAACAGUGGCCGUGAAAAUCCUGAAGAAUGAGGCCAACGACCCGGCACUUAAGGACGAGCUGCUGGCCGAGGCCAACGUCAUGCAGCAGCUGGACAACCCCUACAUCGUACGCAUGAUUGGAAUCUGCGAGGCCGAGUCCUGGAUGCUGGUGAUGGAGAUGGCGGAGCUAGGGCCCCUCAACAAGUUCCUGCAGCAGAACCGGCACAUCAAGGACAAGAACAUCAUAGAGCUGGUUCACCAGGUUUCCAUGGGAAUGAAGUAUUUGGAAGAGUGCAAUUUCGUGCACAGAGAUCUGGCUGCGAGGAACGUGCUUCUGGUCACCCAGCACUACGCAAAGAUCAGUGACUUUGGUCUAUCCAAAGCCCUUCGUGCUGACGAAAACUAUUACAAGGCCCAGACCCACGGGAAGUGGCCCGUGAAGUGGUACGCGCCCGAGUGCAUCAACUACUACAAGUUCUCCAGCAAGAGCGACGUCUGGAGCUUCGGGGUCCUGAUGUGGGAAGCCUUCUCCUACGGGCAGAAGCCAUACAGGGGGAUGAAGGGGAGCGAAGUGACCGCCAUGCUGGAGAAAGGAGAGCGGAUGGGGUGCCCUCCAGGAUGUCCAAGGGAGAUGUACGAGCUGAUGACCCUGUGCUGGACAUACGACGUAGAGAACCGGCCAGGAUUCACAGCCGUGGAACUGCGACUUCGAAACUACUACUACGAUGUGGUUAACUAGCGGGGUGGGUGCCUGCCAUUGGCCACCGCGGACUCGCAGAGAUCACAGUAGAUUCAGAUGAACUGGCUUUCAGCGUUUCAUCUCCCUCCGCGCAGAGUGAGAGCUGGGACUCACCCUCGCAGCAGCUCCAGCCUCGAGAGACAGACAAGCAGCAAGACCUCAGAGCCCAUGGACUCAUCUGUCUGGUUUUCGUCUCCCUCUGUGUGGUUUUCGUUAGGGGUCACGUUCGGGAACCGUUUUCAAGUUUUCUUUCCAUCAUUCUGUUCCCCUGGGUCCAGGAUUGCAGCGUCCCUUGCAGAUCAGAAAGAAAAGUGCUAUGCCAGUUAAGCAAAGAAAAUAAAAAGAAGACUCACUGAUGCGGCUGGCAAGCAGGAAGUAAGGGAAAUGACAAGUUUGGACAGUGCUUUUGCUGUCAGCUCUGGAAACAGAAAUGCCAUAUGGAUGAGACAAUGCGACGUGCUGACGUGGCUUACACACCCCUGGUGUCCGCCUUGACUGGAAGUCCGUCCAUCCUUGUGUGCUCGCAGGAGGUGUGACUACUGUACUGCCUGGAGGCUGCCAGGGAAGGUGGGCUCCCACAGUCCUCUGCGACUGGGCACGGUGUGCCAGGCAUGGGCCACACUCCCUCCCUUCUGCAGAGGGCAUGCAGCUGGGAUCCCUUCUCAGUGCGGCCGCAAAGUGCCUGACAUGCAACCUAAGGGAAGAAGGGACAUUUGGGCUCAGAGUUGAGGGGGUGGAACACAGUGGAAAAGACAACAAGCAGAAAAGGCUAGGUGGCAUGAGCAGUUUGCUGGACGGAUGGCUACAUGGUGUCCACGCUCGGGAAACAAAGUGACCAGGGAGUUGGGCCAGGCUCUAAGACCCCAAAGCUCACCCCCAGUGACCCACUUCCUUCAUCAGGGACCCACUUCCCAAAGGUUCUAUAAGCUUCCCAGACAGUGAAUGCCACCAGCUGGGGACCAGGUGUUCAAAUACAUGAGCCUUUUUGGGGUGGGGGAAGCAUUUCGCAUUUAAACUUCUGUUUUCCAUUCAUUUUUUUUGUUGCUGUAACUGAAGCCCUAGAUAGUAUAAAGUACAAGGAUAGAAAUGUAUCUGGCAGGCAUUUCUAUACCUGUUCUUCUCGGAAGGUUGGAACCUCCACCAGAGAAGUGCAGUGCCAGGCAGGGGCCUUCCUGCAGAAUGGAAGUGUGUCCUGACAGAGCAGGCGAGCCAUCAUGUCUGUCCUCCUCUUACGAGGCCCCUGAUCCCAUCUCAGGGCUCCCUCGGGACCCCACCUCAUCUUGAUCACUCCCCAAAGGCCCCAUAGCCAAACAGCAUGCCAGCGAACCUGGGUGCUAAGUCUUCAGCACACGAACCCUGCAGGACACAUUCAUACUGGAACAGAGGGCAACGUGCUGACCGAGACCAUCUCGGGAUGAGUUUCUGAACAGGAUUUUAAUCCACAGUAAAGCCAGAUUCCACCUUCACCACAGAAAGCCUUGCUGAGUGUGACUUUGAGGUGAGGCCACUUGGCCUGAGAAGUUAAUCCCAGCUCCCUGGGCCCACAGAGGGAUGGUGGGGAGAGGUUCUCCCUGGAGGAUUUAAACUGUGUACACACUAAACCUGCAAGGUCAGAAACCAUGCAAGGUCCUUCUCAGGCAUAUAUCCUUGGCUCUGAUGACCUGAGCCCCUUCCACCUGGCAGCUGGGCCCCUUGUGUGUCUUGACCUCCGACCCUUUGUCAGCAGAUUUCGAGGAGCAUCCCAAACUUCCUCGCCACAUCCUGCUGACUGCAGAUACACCGAAUACCUCAUGCAGAACCAAGUGCCUCUCCAGUCAGCACCCAGUCCAGCCAAUCGUUAAAAUCUCUGUGUGCACCGGCACAGGCCCUGCUUCGUGUACCAGACAGUGGCUUUACAGGCAUGUCACCCUGUGAUUGCACUUCCCUCUGCAGGGCGAAGCCCCGGGUUGUGGGUUCCGGUGACUCCCACCAGCAUCGGUACAGAGUGUCUCCCUGUAAUUAAAAUGAUUUCAGAAA